AGAAGAGUAAGAUUCGGCGAGGCUCCUCUGGCUGGUAAACUGGCUGCUGGCUUCAGUUACAGAAGUUCCACUCGACUGCACUCAGUUCGCCCGAGCGUCGUCCACUUGUUCGCUUGGCUACUGUCGUUCUAAGCGUCGCAACUCUCAAGAGGUUUCGAAAGUGCACAGGACGAACCGCUCACCUGCCGUACCUGGUGAAAUUACAUUCGUCCGUGCGGAUAUUCCAUCGCAAGGAAGUCCACUGGUGUCGUUACAGGUGAAGGGGCCCGUGCGUGUUUGGUGUGGGUGCAUUGGUAGCGCGCUUUGUUUUGAUUCUGACCCAGGCGGGUUCUAGUUGCCGGUCACCGGGACGUGCCCGGAGUGCUAAGUGCUGGCUUCGAAUCACCUUUCAUUUCCGAAAAGAUCACAAUCGCACGCGUAAUCGUCUACAUACGCACUGACAGUGCUCGUUUAAGGUUGUACUGCGCGUCUUAGUGACGACAUUUAUUGCGGUAAUUUGCGUUUUAUGUAAUCGCGGGACGCGGUUUGAUUCGAACGUUCGAACGCUGAUAGCCGGCUAAGCAUCGCCGCCAACACGGCCUGCUGUGGAGCGACUCAGACGACGGCUGCAUAUCAAAUUUUGCGGUAUUUUGUGCAUUUCUAUUCGAUUCUGAAUUGAAUGAUGUUCGCGCAGAAUUCUAAUUGCUUCGUUGCUUAGUGAGUGCGACGUCGUCCUUGCCCGCUUGGAAGCCCGCGCUAUCGUUCUUUUUGGGCAUCGGUUGCUGUGCCCGAAACGGUUUUGGAAGUGGCUCGUUCAGUAGAGCAGUUUUGUGAAAGUGAUAUCCGUGAAAGAGUGAAAAUUGUUUCAUGCGGUACAAUAACUGCACACUUCCCGUUUGCGCUCCGGUAGCCGGCCUUUAGCCAGGAUUCCCUGAACAAGAUAUACAGGAGGUCAUAUUUACACAUAAUUGUAAUUCAUGAAGAGAAAAGAUCGAAUUGACAGACAAGAAAAAUCUACGAAAGUGAGCGCAAAAUGAAGUGGCGACUAAGCAAGGAUAAAGACAAUGCGGGCUUGCAGAAAAAGUCAAUGCCGUACUCCGAUCAAAGCAGAGAAAUCAUAGAUGACAACACCACGACCCCAAUAAAUCUAGCUGAAAUCUCUGCCGACCAGCAGCGUUACAAAUUCAAUUCUAGCUCUAGAAAUAACGACGAUGGAAGACGUUUUUCAUUCCGCGAAGCAAUGAAGCAAUCCAACAAUUCACAGAAACAUGACAACAUGCAGAGUAUGUAUGUUAUGGCGCCAAACCAUCUCACCAAAGGCGAACCAUGGAUGACCUCAGCCAGCGCUCAAAUGACAAAAUCCGCAAGAGGUUCAGCACCGGCUAAUCACCAUCAUCAUCACCACAGUAAUCUGAACCCAACGAUGCUGGACAAUUACAACGGCGAAACUAAUAAUGACUUUCAUUACAUAAACGCUACACGAAAUCCGUCCAAUACAGGGAGCAGCCUGCAAAACGGAUCCACCACCAAAUUGAUACCGAUGACAGAUGAUCAGCCAACCAAACAGACAAAAUGUUCAAUAUUUCGAGGAUUAUUAAUGUGCCUUUGCCUGAGUGUAACCUACGCAAAUAUCGUUCGAUUUCCACGAGAACUGGAAAAGUAUGGAUGUGCGUUUUUGGUACCAUACUUUGUAUUCAUAUUUCUAGUCGGUCUUCCAAUUAUUCUCCUGGAAGUUUCAAUUGGUCAAUUCCUUGGACAAGGAGCAGGAAGUUCAUGGAGAGCAUCGCCCAUAAUGAAAGGCGCAUGUAUUGUUGGCCGAAUGGCUUCGUGUCUGGGGGCAAUUUGGGUAUCCCUUGAGGCUGUCAUAGCAUUAGUAUAUAUUGUACUUAUCACGUAUAAGAAGAUUCCAUUUAACGAAUGCGUACAGGGGGUGAAAAUAUCAGAGAUUGGCUACAGCCAAAGGGUGUUGAGCGGCGGCGACUGUUUAAACGAAACAAUUUUCACGCCCGUUUGGAAUUAUGCAUUCUACUUCGCCUUACUUGCGAGCGGGUUGGCUGCUAUCUGGAUUGUCUCGGUUAUUUGCUCGCAUAACGCCAAGAUCUUCAGACGAAUUACAUUCUUCACUGGACUACUAACAUUCGCUCUUCUAGUCGCAACCACCGGCUGGGAGAUCGAUAGAACUCUCCGGAAAACUGGCUUUCCGGAAUGGUGGAUUUUUAACGAGAAUUUAUUUGCAGAAAGUACAAUAUGGUUUGACGGAUUAAUACAAGUUUUGUUUGGGACGUACAUCGGAUUCGGAGCGCUCCCUGUAAUGACCGGAUGCUUCCUGUACAAAGGCGAUGCGGUUAGGACGUCAAUAGUAUACAUAUGCUUUAAUCUUCUGAUUAACGCCAUUGGAGUUAUACUAUUCAUGAUCCAAUUCGACAAUGAUAUUUCGAAAGUCUCGACAAUUUACCCAGAACUGAAACCACUUACUGCUGUCUACGAGAAGGCCUUAACCGAAGUGGGUUUAUUUGAGACAAGAAUACUACCUGCCCUGAUUUAUGGACUGGUAGUGUUGUCUGCAAUUAUAACAACUACGAUAGCAGUGUACUCAGUAUCUAAGUUAUUACCUCGCCAUACUAUCUAUAUAUUAGGACUAGUUACUUUAUGUCUGUCGGUGGUGGCCCUAUUUUGUCCAGAAUAUAUGGUUGCCAGGGUUCUGGACUCGAGGAUCGUGGGAACUUUGAUAAUUAUCGCUCUUGUUUUCGAUAUAAUUGCCACUACUUGGAUAUAUGGUGGAAAAAAUAUAUAUUUAGACUUGGAAUUCGCAAUUGGGCGGCCAAUUUUCAAGCAUUGGGUCGGGUUCUGGUACAUAGCACCGGCAAUCCUUACCGGUAUAUUAGUAUGGUGGUGUGUAGGCGACGAUGAACUUGACCUACUCAGUAUCUAUAUUCCCCGAUGGGCCCCAAUCAUACUUGCAUUAAUCGUCAUCGUAGGCGCUGCUAUAGCGGAAAUAUCAAAGCAAGUUGAUUAUAAUUUCUUUGGGAUGAUUUGCGAAGCGGCGAAAGCUGCAAAAGAAUGGGGUCCAGCAGAUCCUCUCGCCAGGCAUGCUUGGAAGCAAUGGCGUGCCGUAUGUCAGGAUACUGGUAGGAAAGACUUCACACUGCGACGAAGGGGCACACGUGAUUACACAAACUCGAUAAAACGUGGACAAUAUAGUACCAAUAAAUACAACGUUAAUAACUGGAAAAAUUCCCCAACAGGCACGAGCUCUCCAAAUUAUAGUGGAUCUAUGUUUGGGGACUCUGCAAUUGAGGAAGAUCUAAGUGUCGGGAAAUAUUCAGGCAUGCAUCAGCAGUUCGGUGCACAUGGUACCGAUAAUAAUGGUAUCAAACCAACGCGUCACUCAAGUAGAUCAAGAUAUACUUCCCGAGAUAAACCAUCUAGUCAUGGAUCAGAUACGAAUCACAAAGAAAUUCUUUAUGUGCGACGUCUUUCAACGGACAGUAAUAACAAAACGACUAUCACAAUAACGCCAACGGCUGAUAUUGUCACAUACCCAAGUGAUCAGACUCGAGGGCGAACGUCAUCCAAUAUGAGCCCUCAUGUUGAUUCCCGCAUGGAUCGGCACGCCCACCACCAUCACGAUGUCGACGGCGACCACAUUUGUUGGCGAAAAUUCUCGGUGAACUCUGAAGAGUAUUCAACUGAAUUGUGAUUUGUUUCCGUCUUUUGUAAAUAGAAUUUUCUCUACUUUAAUUUAAUGUACAUAUAAUUAAUUUAAUUUCCCCAUGAAAUAUUCUGGCAGAUUGAUAUUAUUGCCACUUUUUGUAAAUAUUUGUAAUUUAAAAACAAAGUUCAUACCAAAUAUAUAAGACUCCAAAUCUC